CCCGCAAGUGUCAUCAUUUCCCGUAUCCUAUGCAUUGGUUAUUAAUAUAGAUCGAUGCCUGUUUCUAAGAAUACAUUAUGCGCUUUCUCGCGGUCUCGCAUGCCUGCUACCUUCUCGAGUUCUAAAAACCUCGUACCAUUUCUGUACCAAACAGCGACAAUUCAGCAAUGGAAUCCUAUGGGAUUCCCGGUUGGACGCCGCAAUGCGGGAUCGCACCAUAGGCAGAACAUCGAUCUGCCAUUAGACAAUGUCGUUGACAACCAAUUGUCAGUUGUCGAAGACGAAAGGUCGCCACGCAGAACCACCAUUACGGGAUCCGAGCGCGCUGCUUUCGAGAAGCUGUACAAAAAGUUCCAAACGACGGACGAGCACAAAUCAAGCAGCGAGAUACCUUUCUCCCAUGAGAUUGAUCAAAUCGCCGACGAGUGGUACGAGGAGGACGAAGAGAACACCCCCGAUUCAGAUUCGGCAUCUCUUGAUGCUGUGUUCGAUUCCGUCCUUGCUGGUUUGCCCGCCAACCAAACGCAUAAGACAUUGUCGAGAAAGCCGACCGAGAAUCUGAAGACAAUAGCCGAACGGAUACUGAAGCCAGAGCACGAUGCAGCUCGACGCAAAGCGGCGCAGGAAACCCAGGCGGAGACAACGAAGAGGAAGGGAAUGCAAGACGCAGAGAAGGCUCGGGUACGAGGUCUGUUCGAUCAUGCAAAGACCGACAGAGAAGUCUGGGACAUUCUGGAACGCGAGGUUUUCAGCAUGAUCCGAAGUUUGGACCUGGACAGCGAGCAACAACCUACCAAAAAGCCAACGAGCUCUCUGAGGGGCAAACAUGCUACGGCAUCGACUAACACUACCAAUUCCGAUCGGUCAGGUUCCGCGGAGGGCCAAUUACAGUCUCAAACACGCAUUUUGUUGCCCAACUAUCCAUCGCACUUGGUAUAUGCCACGCGCCUCCUCAACAAACGUUUCCCCUCAUCUCCACUCGCAUUUUCCAUCCUGCCGACGAUGAAGUCGCUCGGACGUUCGUCGUACGCACUGGGCGCCUCCACCCAACUCUACAACCUCUUGAUCAUGAACACCUGGCUCCAGCAUUCCUCUUUCACAUACAUCGAACACCUCCUCAAGGACAUGAACAACAGCGGCGUCGAGCCCGAUAACUUCACCCUCCGUAUCCUCGAAGACGUCCUACGCGAGUCCGACGACGCGCGGAAGGGAAAACUCGGAGAAGCGAUGCGGCAGCUCUGGAAGAUGGAGACCUUUGCCGAGGGUGCGAAGAGAAUCGCGGCCUGGAAGGACUGGGUUGCGCAGAGACUCGGCGCGUGGAGCACUGCGAGGGCAGAGCAGGGGACACAAUCCAACGGUUACAAUCAGAGCGCUGUCGACUUGAGCAGCCCUGAGACGGACCAGAGCGACAGGAUACUAUCCCCCUCUUGAAACAUAGUAGCCCUAGGCUUUGAGGGAAUGGGCGUGGAGCACUCAUCUAUCCGGUCCUAUGGGAAUCAUCCACUUAACACUUCUGUACGGAUCUCUGAGUAAUGGUACCUAAAAUGUAGAUGCUGCUGGAGAAACUGAACGGCGAAGAGCACGCCUCUCAACUUGGGUCGUUGUUUUUUGGCCUAGAGUAAAGGGCUUCUCUUGCCUGUUCUCCUAGCUGCCUGUUGUACAAUAUGUCUCGAAUACGUAGAGGAACCUUUUGCAAUGAAAUCAUGUAAAUUAUCCCCUAGAUGAAUAAUUAUGGCCCCAGUCCACGUGAAUUCCUUGCAAUGGUGCAAUCACAGG